AUGCUGAACAUCGCCCGCAAGACCUUGAGUCGUGUGCCCAGCUUCCAGGACAUUCUCCAAGGCAGGAUGAGCCACCCUGACAUCUCCGUUGACGUUCUCGUCAUUGGUGCAGGCCCAACUGGCUUGGGUGCUGCGAAGCGCUUGAACCAGAUUAACGGCCCGACAUGGAUGAUUGUCGAUGCCAACGAGACUCCCGGUGGUCUGGCGUCGACGGAUGUGACCCCUGAAGGCUUCCUCUACGACGUUGGUGGCCAUGUCAUCUUCUCCCACUACAAGUACUUCGACGACUGCCUCGAUGAGGCUCUCCCCAAGCCCGAUGACUGGUACCACCACCAGCGUGUCUCCUAUGUGCGCUGCAAGGGCCAAUGGGUUCCCUACCCUUUCCAGAACAACAUCUCCAUGCUUCCCAAGGAGGACCAAGUUAAGUGCAUUGAUGGCCUGAUUGAUGCCGCUCUGGAAGCCCGUGUUGCCAACACGAAACCCAAGACUUUCGACGAGUGGAUUCUUCGUAACGUGGGUGUUGGCAUCGCUGACCUCUUCAUGAGACCGUACAACUUCAAGGUCUGGGCUGUGCCCACCACUAAGAUGCAAUGCCAAUGGUUGGGUGAGCGUGUGGCUGCUCCCAACGUGAAGACUGUCACCACCAACGUGAUCCUCCAGAAGACUGCCGGAAACUGGGGUCCCAACGCGACCUUCCGCUUCCCUGCUCGUGGCGGUACUGGUGGUAUCUGGAUUGCGGUUGCCAACACUCUCCCUAAGGAGAAGACCCGCUUCGGUGAGAAGGGCCGGGUCACCAAGGUCAACCCGAACACCAAGGUCGUCACUCUGGCGGAUGGCACCACGAUUGGCUACGAGAAGCUGAUCUCCACGAUGCCCAUUGACUAUCUGGCCGAGGCAAUUGGCGACAAGGAGCUCAUUGACUGGAGCAAGGAGCUCUUCUACUCUUCCACCCACGUUAUUGGUAUUGGUGUCCGUGGACACCGCCCGGAGAGAAUUGGAGACAAGUGCUGGCUCUACUUCCCCGAGGACAACUGCCCCUUCUACCGUGCCACCAUCUUCUCCAACUACUCGCCCUACAACCAGCCUGAUGCCUCGAAGAAGCUGCCUACUCUGCAGCUGGCUGAUGGCUCCAAGCCCGAGAGCCAGGAACCCAAGGAGGGCCCGUACUGGUCUCUCAUGCUUGAGGUUUCCGAGUCCUCGAUGAAGCCCGUCAACGCGGAGACCAUCCUGGCUGAGUCGAUCCAGGGUCUCGUCAACACCGAGCUGCUCAAGCCGACUGACGAGAUCGUCUCCACCUACCACCGCCGCUUCGACCACGGAUACCCGACCCCCUCUCUCGAGCGUGAGGGUGCGCUGUCCAAGCUGCUGCCCAAGCUGCAGCAGAUGGACAUCUGGUCUCGUGGCCGCUUCGGCAGCUGGCGCUACGAGGUCGGCAACCAGGACCACUCCUUCAUGCUGGGUGUUGAGGCUGUUGACAACAUUGUCAACGGCGCUGUUGAGCUGACUCUCAACUACCCCGACUUUGUCAACGGCCGACAGAACAACGAGCGACGCCUGGUGGACGGUGCUCAGGUGUUCGCCAAGAAGCACAACAAGUAA